GAUAUUUGAUUGUAUAUUGUACAGUCUUAUUGCUGUGGGCAGGAAAGACUUCCUGUAUCUGUCCUUGUGGCAGCGGAGCUGAACCAGUCUGUUGGAGAAGGUGCUCUGCUGUCUGUCCACCAGGUGGUGGAGAGGGUGGUCCUGAUUGUCCAUGAUGGAUAACAUCAGCGUCCUCCUCUCCUCCACCACUCAAAAGAAUCCGGUUUGCAGCACAUGACGGAGCCAGCCUCAACCAAUCCUGAUAUGGUGCAUGUCCCAUCUUCUAACAUGGAGGAGGUUUAUAACUGCAGUCAUCUAUCUUUAUGUAAAGCCUGUGAUUGGCUUUGAUCUGGUUGCAUGUUCAUUCCAGGUCAGAAGGUGUGUUCAGGUGCUCCUGACCGCCCCUGCUAUAAGAUCGCUUAUUUCCACGACGUGUCGAGUCGUGUUGCGUUCAGGGAGGCGUGUCGGGCCUGUGAGAUUCACGGAGGGUCGCUGCUCAGCAUCGAGAGUCUGGCCGAGCAGACGGACAUCGAAAACCUGCUGCAGGAGCUGCGUUCAGGAGCAGUGGGCGGGGCAGGAGGAGGUGCAGAGGGCGGAGGUAUAGCUGACGGAGAUUUCUGGAUCGGUCUCACUCGUGUGGACGGAGACCAUCAGGUUCCUCCUGAACUCAGCAACACCUUUACUUCCUGUCCGCAGCUCUACCAGUGGACCGACGGUAGCCCCGCCUCUUUCAGGAACUGGUACUCUGACGAGCCGUCCUGUGGAGGAGAGGCCUGCGUCGUCAUGUACCAUCAGCCAACAGCACUUCCUGGUCCGGGCGGGGCUUAUCUCUACCAAUGGAACGAUGACCGCUGCAACAUGAAACACAACUUUAUCUGCAAAUACAAACCAGAACGUGAUGUCACAGGUCACACAGCUGGAGGAAGGAGCACAGAGUCGAAAACAGGUGGAGGUGUCACCUCCCCGCAGCCUGCGGGCGGCGAGGAGGUUCGGCCUCAGGUGACCACGGCUGCAGCUUCAGGUAUGAACGUUAACCUAACGACCACAUGACGCAUGACGCAUGUUAUCAACUCGUUAACUCUGAGCGUG